UAUUUAUUCUAUGAUAUAAGUAAAGUAUAUCAGCAAACAAGUUAAAUAAGCAUCUAGUUUAUUUUAAUUUAAAGAAAUAAUUAAUUAAAAGUGAUUUAAAAUAAUAUUUAUAUUAAAGUUUAUAUAAUGUAUAAUUUCGGUCUUAAAAAUAGCAUAGUUUUAUUUAAAAAAUUACAAUCAGUUGUUAUUUUAUCUUCGUCAUUUAAUACUAACCUUAGUAAAAUCCAAAUACCAACACAUUUCAUAAAACGUAAUUUUGCUGAAAGUUUUUAUGAAAAAAAAUCAAAAUCAGAUAUAGAUGAGAAGGAUGAGAAGAUAUUACAACAACUAUUACAAAAUCCUGAUAUGAAUAAAAAGUAUAAAUUGUUACAAUAUGAAUAUGAAUAUUUGCGAGAAACAACCCAAACAGUCCCUCAAACGUUACGACCGAAAGAUUAUAUAUAUUUGUUAAAUUCAUCUAAGACACAUCAAAGGAAACAUUUUCGAUUUCUCUUUAUAAAUGAAAAGAAAAGAGAAAACAAUAGACAAAAACAUGAACAAAAGAUGGAAGCAGCACGUUUAGAAAUGAAAAAACAAGAAGAAGAAUGUCAUAGUGGUUUAAAAUAUGGUCUUGCACAUAAUUCUUUAUUUAUGCGAAUUUAUGAAAAAUCAUUAGAUUCCUUUUUAAAUUUCAAUCUAUCAAUAUCUUCAAUGUUUGAGCCAAAAAUAGUGUUUGAUUGCGGAUAUGAUAAUUUAAUGACAAAUUACGAAAUAAUGAAUUGUGCCAAACAAUUAUUACUCAGUUUUGUUUAUAAUCGUUGGCAUAAAAAUCCAGCUGACCUUUAUUUUUGUAAUGCACCACAGGAUAAUAAAAUUUUGACAAAGUUUCAUAGUUUAGUACCAAGUGUUUAUGACAGAAGUUUUCCAUUAAAUAUAACUUCUAAGUCUUAUCUUGAUAUUUUUGAUAAAAAUGAUUUAGUAUAUCUAACACCGCAUUGUAACAAAGAAAUGACAUUUUACAAUCCUGACAAAAUUUAUAUUAUUGGAGCACUAGUGGAUAAGAUGUCUCCUCAACCUUAUUCCUUAGCAAAAGCUAAAAAAGAAGGUAUAAGCAUGGAGAAACUACCAAUAGAUAGAUAUUUACGCUGGAACACUGGAUCUACUAAAAGUCUUACUCUUAAUCAAGUUUUAGCUAUAUUAGUAGAUGUAAAAUAUUCAAAAGAUUGGAUGGCUGCUUUUAAUAAUAAUAUUCCAAUUAGAAAAGUGAUGAGAACAAAUCCUGAAUUUUAUAAGAACAAAGUUUCAAUUAAAACUAAUUAAAUUAAUGUUUCUAUU